AUGUUACGUUCUGCUGCAUGGGAAUUUAGUCUUGAAUUGAAAGCGAUUGUGCAGAUUUUAGUUUAUGAACAGCAUAUAAACAGCAGCUAUGAUUCACUGCUUACAAUUGGAUUAUUCUAAGCGAGAAAUGUCCGAAAUAAAUCAUCGAAAAGUGCGUCAUCACGUGGUAAGCCGCACAUGCCUAAAUUUCUGCAGUCAUUUUGCUGUUGUAUACGACCCGGAGCUACUAUUAAAGCGAAACGACGAGCACUUCAUCCGGUUCCAUCAACCUCAACUUCACAGUCACUGAUUACUCAAGUAACGAAAAACUCGCAAAACGGAACGAAUGUGAACGGAACAAAUGUCAGUGUGAAUGAUUCCUAUUCAGCUGAUAGUUAUGAUGAUACCGGAGACUACGUUCCUAUGGAAAUUCUUUCGCUAGCAUUCAACCUCAUGUCUCGACCAAUAGCGACCGUAGCGCAAGUGUCCAGAAUGCACAAUCUUCCGCAUUGA